AUGUCACUAUAAGAAAUAGAUGUCUUGCCUGACUAAUAAUACAUAGAUUAACUCAAGGUCAAAGUGAAAAUUCAAGAAAUCUAGGAGUCAGCUCUUCUAAUACAACUUUGCACUAUUUCAAUACCGAUUUUACUCUGCAAAUUUAUUGUAAUGUUUUACUAUUAAACAGAAUCUAGAUUUCAUCAAGGCUUAAAUUCGACUGAGUAUAGUCACUCUUUACAUUUUGACUUUGAUUUCCGUCUAAUUUUGCUCACAAUCCUUUUCAAAUGUAUGAAUGUAAUCACUAUAAUCUAGAAACCUCUCAAGUAUGUGAUCUUUUCCAUCCAUUUGAUUACUAAACUCUAUAUCCUUCUUUGCCUAAGCAGAAUCAAAAUUUUUGAGUCCUUCUUUAUUGUAAUGAGUGUGACCUAUUUAAGCAUUUAUUGUUUCCUCAAGACAAGAGACAUUAUUAAAGGACAUAACGAUUUGUAAGUAAAAUAUUACAUUAAUCACAUUGUGACAAUCAGUUUUUUGACAACAUUCUUAUUGGUUUAGGAAUUGUAUUACAAAUUCUAUGUCAUCCCAUUGUAUUGGCUGUUUAUGAUACUCUACAUGAUUUUUUUGUUGUUGAAUUUACAAUUGGUGGAAUAUAGAUAGUAUCUUUGGGAAAACAAUGAUAUCUACAUUGCAACUGUCUUAAUGGAUAGUGAUUUGAUUGCACCUGCUAAUUUGCUGAAAUUAUAAAGUUAAAUCACUAAACCCUAGAAUCAUGAGGAAAUUAAAAAGCAAGAAGUAAUAGAAGAUUCUGAAAUUGAUGAAUUGGACUCAGAAAUGCAAGACUGA